AUGGAGGACGCUCACUGCAAGACAGUAGACGAAGUAGUUAACCAUUUCAAUGUUAAUUUAGAUAAUGGUCUUUCACCAGAUCAAGUCAAAAGAAAUCAAGAAAAAUAUGGUCUCAAUGAACUACCAGCCGAGGAGGGAAAAUCCAUCUGGCAGCUCGUACUGGAACAAUUCGAUGACCUCUUAGUUAAGAUUCUUCUGUUAGCCGCUAUUAUUUCUUUUGUACUAGCCUUAUUCGAAGAGCACGAAGAUGCAUUCACAGCGUUCGUCGAGCCAUUCGUCAUUCUUCUUAUUCUCAUCGCUAACGCGGUCGUUGGCGUGUGGCAAGAGCGCAACGCCGAGUCGGCCAUCGAGGCUCUCAAAGAAUACGAGCCUGAGAUGGGCAAAGUGGUGCGCGGCGACAAAUCCGGCGUCCAGCGCAUCCGCGCCAAGGAGAUCGUUCCCGGUGACGUAGUCGAGAUCUCGGUCGGUGACAAAAUCCCCGCCGACAUCCGCAUCACCAAGAUCUUCUCGACGACCCUCAGGAUCGAUCAGUCCAUCCUCACCGGCGAAUCCGUUUCCGUCAUCAAGCACACCGAUCCCGUGCCCGACCCGCGCGCCGUCAACCAGGACAAAAAGAACAUCCUCUUCUCCGGUACCAAUGUCGCAGCUGGCAAGGCUCGUGGCGUCGUCAUCGGCACCGGUCUCAACACUGCCAUCGGUAAAAUCCGCACGGAGAUGUCCGAGACCGAAGAAAUAAAGACCCCGCUCCAGCAGAAACUCGACGAGUUCGGUGAACAGCUGUCCAAGGUCAUCUCCGUCAUUUGCGUCGCCGUAUGGGCCAUCAACAUCGGCCACUUCAACGACCCAGCUCACGGUGGCUCCUGGAUCAAAGGUGCUAUCUACUACUUCAAAAUCGCCGUCGCUCUGGCCGUAGCUGCUAUCCCCGAAGGUUUACCAGCUGUCAUCACUACUUGUUUGGCUCUCGGUACGAGACGUAUGGCUAAAAAGAAUGCCAUUGUCAGAUCCCUGCCAUCUGUCGAAACCCUCGGUUGCACGUCUGUCAUCUGCUCCGAUAAGACCGGUACCCUCACUACCAAUCAGAUGUCUGUCAGCCGCAUGUUCGUCUUCGAAAAGAUCGACGGCAACGACAGCAACUUCCACGAGUUCGAAAUCACUGGAUCCACCUACGAACCCAACGGUGAAGUGUUCCUCAAGGGCCAGAAAGUCCGUGGAGCCGAUUACGAGACCCUUCACGAACUUGGAACUAUCUGCAUCAUGUGCAACGACUCCGCCAUCGACUUCAACGAAUUCAAACAGGCCUUCGAAAAAGUCGGUGAAGCCACCGAAACCGCCCUCAUCGUCCUCGCUGAAAAGAUCAAUCCUUACGGUGUCAACAAGACCGGCCUCGAUCGCCGUGGAACUGCCAUCGUCGUCCGCCAAGACAUCGAAACCAAGUGGAAGAAGGAAUUCACCCUGGAAUUCUCUCGCGAUCGUAAAUCCAUGUCCUCGUACUGCGUACCCCUCAAAGCUACCAAGCUCGGAACUGGACCAAAACUCUUCGUCAAGGGAGCACCCGAGGGCGUGCUUGAACGUUGUACGCACGCUCGUGUUGGCUCGCAGAAAUUCCCUCUUACCUCUACUCUCAAGAACCGCAUCCUCGAUCUCACCCGUCAAUACGGUACUGGCCGCGACACUCUUCGUUGCUUGGCCUUAGCCACCGCCGACCACCCAAUGAAGCCCGAAGACAUGGAUCUCGGUGACUCUACCAAAUUCUACACCUACGAGAAGGACCUCACCUUCGUCGGUGUCGUCGGUAUGUUGGACCCACCUCGCAAAGAGGUCUUUGACUCCAUCGUACGUUGCCGUGCCGCUGGUAUCCGCGUCAUUGUCAUCACUGGUGAUAACAAAGCUACAGCUGAAGCCAUCUGCCGCAGGAUCGGCGUCUUCGGCGAAGACGAAGAUACCACCGGAAAAUCUUACUCUGGUCGCGAGUUUGACGACCUCUCGCUGUCCGAGCAGAGGGCCGCUUGCGCCCGUGCCAGGCUCUUCUCUCGCGUCGAGCCCGCUCACAAAUCAAAGAUCGUCGAGUUCUUGCAGAGCAUGAACGAGAUCUCCGCCAUGACUGGUGAUGGUGUCAAUGACGCCCCAGCCCUGAAGAAGGCUGAAAUUGGUAUUGCUAUGGGAUCUGGUACCGCUGUAGCUAAAUCUGCCGCUGAGAUGGUGUUGGCUGACGACAACUUCUCAUCCAUUGUUGCCGCCGUUGAAGAAGGCCGUGCCAUUUACAAUAACAUGAAACAAUUUAUCCGUUAUCUUAUUUCCUCGAACAUUGGUGAAGUCGUCAGUAUUUUCUUGACUGCUGCUCUUGGUCUUCCCGAAGCUUUAAUCCCCGUUCAACUCUUAUGGGUCAACCUUGUAACAGACGGUCUUCCAGCUACUGCUCUUGGUUUCAACCCUCCUGACUUGGAUAUCAUGCAAAAGCCUCCUCGUAAAGCCGAUGAAUCACUCAUCUCAGGGUGGUUGUUCUUCCGUUAUUUGGCUAUCGGUGGAUAUGUCGGCGCUGCCACUGUUGGAUCUGCCGCCUGGUGGUUCUUGUACAGUCCUUAUGGACCACAAAUGAACUACUACCAACUGACUCAUCACUUGGCAUGUAUCGGUGGUGGCGAAGAAUUCAAAGGUAUUGACUGCAAAGUCUUCAGCGACCCCCAUCCCAUGACAAUGGCUCUGUCUGUCCUUGUCACCAUUGAAAUGUUGAACGCUAUGAACAGCUUGUCUGAGAACCAGUCUCUCGUUAGCAUGCCACCAUGGUCGAAUUUGUGGCUCAUCGCCUCAAUGGCUCUUUCUUUCACACUCCACUUUGUUAUUCUUCACGUUGAAGUUCUUUCGACUGUAUUCCAAGUUACUCCUUUGACUGCAGAAGAAUGGAUAACCGUACUGAAGUUUUCGCUUCCUGUGGUACUUCUAGACGAAACCUUGAAGUUUGUCGCCAGAAAAAUUGCAGAUGGUGAGAAUCCAAUUUACACGAUUCACUGGAUUGUCCUUAUGUGGGGAGUGUUCUUUGGACUUUUAGUUCUCGGCCCAAUAUAAAUAACCCGCUGCAGGGUGUUUAAUUAGCGUAAAUGAAAGAUGCCUUUCUUACGGAAGCCAAGCUCAACGCCUUGGACUUGCAGUUGCAUUUAACUAAAAAAGAGCAAAAAAUAAUAAGCUUCUCCUCUAAGAGGAGAUUUAUGAUAUGAAUUAACGAAAACAAGUGUGUCCACGUGAGAUUUUAAUUAUUCUGACUGUUGCGCAUGGUGUUGGUCGAGUGUUAUUAGAAAAAAGUACCUUAAUCUUCAGUUUUUGUAGUUAUUUAGCUCGACCAAAAAACACCAAUGCACCAUACUUCAAAAUAGGUACUCACUGUAUCAUACUAAAUCAAUUUCAGUGACGCUUAUGAUUGUUUUUCUUAAGGCUUGAUUUUUCCGACAUAUUCUUAGAAGAACCUACGAUCAUAUUGUUUCGUACAAGUGCCUUUAAAUAUUAACGUUCUUUCUGCGAGGCAAUAAUCUUGUUUUUCCAAAAAAAAAUACCGCUAAUAUUUGACUCCUUAUUAACGCUGGCUCUACUUUUUCAACUGCAAGCUUUAUUCUUUUCUCUUUUUGAUGCUCGUGCAAGCUUUUUAAUAGCAACUUAACACUCGACUGCAUAUAUACAUUAUAUGCUUAGAUAAAAAAUUCAGAAAAUUAUUUACACUUUGUUAAUUUAGAUUUAAAAUUUGAACGCUUACUCAUUAACGGAAGUGCAUAUACAAAAAUUUUUCAAAUGUCUUAUUAGUCUCACGUAAAAACACUUUUCGUUAUUUUCUACCCUUCGUGUAAGCAGUCACGGUUUUCGGUGAUAAUUUAAAAACAAAACUAGCUAAAUGUCUCUUUUUUUUGACUUAAAAACAUCCUUACCAACUGGCCGCAUAAUAAUAUUAAUUAUACGUGUAUGAUUGUAUACAAGUUUUGUGUUAAAACUCGUAGGGCUAUAUAUAUUUCAGUAAUGUUUAGAACUCGUAAUUCGCAAGAAGCACGGAUCGUUGAGCACUUAUUUGUAUCAUCCUAUACGUGUUUAGGGAGGGCGAUGAAUAGAAUUUUUUUAAAGUAAUAAUCAACUGUACAUAAAUAACGUAGAAUCUAAUGCUGUAAAUUUAAGCUUAAAAAAUAAAUUUGUUAUUCGCUCGUCGUGAAGAGAUGGAUUUCGGAUUGAUCUCGUCCCGCACUCGUCGGUGAAAUGUAUAAGACACAAUAACGUAGUUGUAUAAAUAUUUCAAAAAAAAUUACAAUAAUGAAGUAAAAAUAUACACAGCAAAAAGACCGAAGUAACAUCUGCUCACUUACAUAAUUACAACAGCUAAAUCAAAUUUAAAUUUAAUCAUUUAUUAUAUAUAAAUGGUUUGUUUAUAAUAGUAAUCUUUCAUGCUCGUGUAUUUAUUAUGUACCUUUUAUCUUAUUGUUAUUCACUUGAUAUUUAUUAUUAAAAAUAUACACUCCGAAAACCCACACAAUUAAUAUAA